AAUAGUCAAGAGUGACACUGGCCCCGGGUAAGGGGAUACCCAGCACAUUUACAUCCCUGCACCUGCCCUGCUCCCAGCAGCAGCGGCACCAAAAUCCCCCCCAGCACCAGCAGCAGCACCAGCAGCAGCAGCAGCAUCAGCAGCUCUAUAAAGCUCCUCUUGCCAUCCCUGACACUCCAGCAGCAGCAGCCACUGAGCUGCCUCAGGCACUGCUGCCACAGCCCCCUUGGCCAGCACAGCUCUGCUCCCCAGCUCCACCAUGGAAGCUUGUCACUCUCCACACCAAUCCAAUGUCACUUCAUACGGGACCACAGCUUUGGCCAUCAUCACCCUGGAGGCAUUUGCUGGCGUGUGGAUAAAUGCUUUCAUCGUUUGUGUGCUCUGCAUUGACUGGGUCAAAAAGAAAACCCUGAACUCUAAUGAGAAGAUCUUGUUGGUGCUGGGAUGCUGCAGAAUUUCCUGUUUGGGCUUUGCAUGGAUACGCAAGUUCCUACCAAUAAUUUAUCUCAACAACAUUAAUGUACACACUGAACUUCAACUGCUUCCAUCAUUUGCCAGGUUUUUUAAUUAUUUAAACUUGUGGGCUUCAGCUUGCCUUUGUGUUUUUUAUUGCAUAAAAAUUGCCAAUUUCAGGAACAGCUUCUUCAUCUACCUGAAAGCAAAAAUUGACAGGAUGGUGCCCUGGCUCUUGUUGGGGUCUGGGAUUUUAGCCUUCCUUAUGGGCAUUGUUACGUAUGACAUCAAUGAAUUUCAGCACAGUAACAACCUCACUGCCACCUGCCUUGAAAAUUUUUGGAAAGCAACUAUCAGAAAGGAAAAUCGCUUUUUUAUUUCAUUUUUCCUUGCUGGGUUUGGAUAUGCCGUUUCAUUCAUGGCAGUCAUCUUUUCUGCUGUUUUCCUUCUCUUCUCUCUCUGGAAACACAAACAAAAGAUGCAGACAAACUCCAUGAAGGACCUCAGCGUGGAAGCCCACAUCAGAGCCAUGAAAUCUAUUCUCUCCUUCUUAGUCAUGUACAGCAUCAACUUUCUAUGUUUGGUUUUGACAUUAUUUUAUGUCAUGAAGAAUGAAAAUAUAAUGACACUUCUUAUCUACAUCUAUCUGUUUGCUUUUCAAGGUGUUCAUUCCCUUAUUCUGAUUUUCAGCAAUCCCCAGCUGGAAAAGGCACUGCUAAAGAUUCUCUCCUGUGUGAAGUGUGAGUUUUGCAUCAAGUAGGAACUGUGAGAAAAUCUGGAACC